AUGGGGUUCAUGCCAAGGGAGGGAUAUUUUUCUGUCAGAUUUGGAGCUUAUCAGCCUAAUGGACAAGCUCCGAUAUCUAGCACGGAUAAGCCAUUGAAACCUAUGGUGGUAGGCAAUCAUGAGAUCCCUAUGGUCAUCAAUGAUUUCAGGGUGGCUGCUAGAAAUGCAAUUGAAGCUGGAUUUGAUGGUGUUGAGAUCCAUGGGGCUCAUGGCUAUUUGAUCGAUCAAUUCUUCAAGGACCAAGUCAAUGACCGCACUGACAAAUACGGCGGGAGCUUAGAGAAUCGUUGCCGGUUUGGACUAGAAGUAAUCGAAGCCGUAGUAGAUGAAAUCGGAGCUGGUAAGGUUGGGAUGAGGCUCUCGCCCUUUGCAAACUACUGGGAAUCGUCAGACUCCAACCCGGGAGCUCUAGGCCUGUACAUGGCACACGCGCUGAACAAAAUUGGGAUCCUCUACUGUCACACGGUCGAGCCACGGAUGAUAACGUUCGUUGACAAGGUUGAAACUCCAAAUAGCCUGCGCGCCAUGCGGGAUGCUUUCAAGGGAACGUUUAUUGUAGCCGGUGGCUACGGCAGAGAGGAUGGAAACGCAACUGUCUCCAGCGGCUAUGCUGAUCUGGUUGCAUACGGACGCUUGUUCUUGUCUAAUCCUGACUUGCCUCGGAGGUUUGAGAUUGAUGCUCCUCUAAACAAGUACAACAGAGAUACUUUCUACAUCUCCGAUCCAGUUCUUGGAUACACUGACUACCCAUUCCUUUCAUCCGAUGUAUAA